GAUCAUUGAAACUAGGAAUACCAUUAUACAUAAUGUAUUUGUAUAUCGUGUCGUCGGUAAAAGAAGGUAUAGCAUGAAGGAGUAGAAACAGUGUGUGCAGAGGUGCGUGGAGGACCAUCCAGGUUGAAGCGGACUGUAUCACAUCAUCGUUCAGAUCACGCCUAUUGUAUUUCUUGCUUGUGGGUACACCAAACUGACCAGAAAUGGGAAGUAUAGACAGAGAAAAUCUGUAUCAAGCACAGGAUAUAGAGGGAAGCAGCAGUGCAGUUACAACUCCGGGUGAUGUCGUGAACAUCACCUCUAUACAGCUGGACACCCCAACCAGUUCCCAACCACCACCCUCACCACGCACUAUAACAACAACAGUCAGCACCCCGCCUUUUGAUGAGCCGCUGGGACCGCCACCAGCCUACACAUUUAACCCCCCACGAAUGAGUACUUUAGAACCUAUCCCUGGUCCACCUCCCUCAUACGAUGAAUGCCACAGCCUCAACGUUCCUCCCCCUACAUAUGAUUCCUUGUUUGGGCGAGUGCGGGAAGUUCAUAAAACUUCCAAUGGUGCUGUCGAUUUUCUGAAAAAUCUGAUAGUCCUUUUUGUUGGAACAAUUGGUUGUACAGUGAUGAUCAGCAUAACCAUAGUGAUUCCUAUAUUCAUGAUCAUCGUUGGGGCCCUCAAGAUGGAUGAGUGCCCUGCUGAACCAUACAUUCCCAUAUAUCUUGUUAUUGGAGGUACAUUUGGUGUACUGAAGAACUUGCUGGGUUUCCAAGGACGGUUACGUCGCCCUCUAGCAGAAGAGGAAGGGACAGAAGAAGGAGGAGAAUCAUCAGAUGCUUCUACUCCAUGGCAUCGCAGGCUUAAGUUUGCUGGCUCCAUAAACUUCUUCCUGUCAGUUUGGUUCAUUUUGGGUUGUGUGUGGGUAUACCGUAUUUAUGAACCCAGUUACUCGCCAAAAGAUCAUAAUUACUGUGACUACAGUCUGUACCAGUUUGCAUUCUGGCUGGUUACCUCGGUCUAUAUUGCUGUCGGUCUGCUGACUUCCUGCAUGUGCUGCCUGUCUGCAGCUACAGUUGUCAUGAAGCACAAUUGCAUGACUGAGGCACAGGUUUGAGCUCUACAGUUGUGUUUCUAUGGACGUAAGAGACAAAUACGUGGCGAGUGUAAUAAUUGAGAACGAGUUUUAUGCCACCGUUUUUUUAUAAUUCAUGUCGAAAGAAUUUUUUUUGUAAAUGUGAUUAGUAAAACGUUUAGGUACUAUUAAAUUGAAUUAGAUUUUUUUCACCUUGCAUAUACAGUUCAUAGAUUAGCAUCAUGUCAGCUAAGGCAGUAUAGCUCAUAUUUCUCAAAGCCUUGUUUUCUAUGUAUAUUAUGGUCUUUUGUUAUUAAUUUACAUCUCUUUAUUAUUAGAGAUGUAUAUCUAGUUAUUAUGCUGUCCUCUGUUUACCAGCCAUUUUUGUAGUGUAGCUUAAGCGCAAAAGUCCAUAAAAACCUCAUGAAUGAAUACAAGAAUGGUGUGUUCAUAUCUGAAUGUAUCUAGUCAUUUACUCAUGCAUUGUACAAUUAUAUAUAUAUAUAUAUUUUAUAUUGUCUCUUAUUUCUUUAUUGAUAAUAGGAAUAAGGUUCAUUUAGCUUUAAUAUUUAAAAUGGAUUCACAUCUGGUGACCUACAUUUGGCUAUCUUGUGCUGGCAUUUGCAUUUGUAAGUAUAAUUAUUAAUUACUUGGUAUAUCACUCAGCAUCUAGCAUGUCUACAUCUUUCAGUGAAAGAUGUAGUUUAGUAAUACUACAAAGUAUUACAAAUGAUGUAGUAAUACAAACUACAUUAGUAGUUUGAGUGGUAAUAAAUUUACAAGAUGUGAUCAUAACAUUCCUUGCAUGUUGUAUAUAUUGUGCCAACAAUAAUGGUUGUAAAAGCAUUAUGUAGUAUCUGAACACGUUAUACUCUGAUCACCAUGCAUUCUUUCCUAAAGAUCAGACAGUUAACCAAAGUAUCUUUUAAUAUAUUUUUUUGAGGCAUUAUAAAACAGACACAUAGGAAUCUGAGGUAUCUCUUUAACCUUGUGGAACAAACUUGGUUUACCAGUUCCUUAUCUUGAAUAGUUUCUCCAUUGCCAGUGCUACAUUGGUAAUUGGCCUCGAGUUCACUACACAGCAUUGCUGAGCGAUGAUACAAUACCCACCGAUGCGACUUAUUGUCAUCAGCGUUCAUUCUGAUGCAGUUUCACUUUUGCAGCUCAUAGUGUUCGCAGAAUAUAUCUCAGCUGGAAAUUUUUGUCACUUUCAUAGAGUGAGUAUGAAUGAAAUUAGAAAUUUAUAUUGAUUUAAAAUAUGAGGAUGUUGUCAGUUAUGUUUGUUGUACCAUAUCUAAAUCUAUUCAGCUGGAAUGCAUCAUACUUGUUUUUUCCUUCUUACUGUAAUAGCUUAACUAAGUGACCAAGGUAUGCCUCUCUUAAUUUUGAAUAUUGUUGGUAUCCCAUAUUUGAAGCAUAUAGAUUCUUCUCCAAAUGUUUUCAUCAUUGUUUAUCUAGUCUCAGAUUUCCAAACUUGUAUUAACUUGUAAAUUAUGUAAUGCAGUUGGUAUAAAAGUGAGCAAGGUUUUCCUUGUAAAAUUAAAGGAACUAAAGAAGUUAGAAAUGUAACCAUUUAUUUUGGUUAAAUGAAAUUUUGUAAUCUAUAGUAAAACUUAGCAUAUGAGAAAGAAAGAUGUUACAUUUCCCCGGAAAUUUUCUUUGUACAUGGAAAAAGAGUCAUUUGAUCCUCUGGUAUUGAAAUAUCUGGGCAUAUGUUACAGCAUCCUUCUGUUCUUAGUAUGAUCGUCUUGUGUCGAUGCCAGCUAAUAUAUGAUCAGUUGGUGAUAUUCAUCUCAUGCAGUCAAAAUAUAGUGUUUAUAGAAAGGGACUGAAAUACGGGAAGAAAAGACCAGAUUGGAAAUAAAACUCUGGUCAUCUACUCCUUUUGAGUCUCAUUUUUCUAAUGCAUUAGGAUGUAGCACAUGUGUGAAAGUAAAAGCAUGAUUAUUUUUUUUUUAUUUACAAAAUCUGCAAACAUGAAUUUAAAUUUACAAAAGAUUUUUGUGGCAACAUGCCACAAGAUUGUUGUCUUCUGCAGUUCUAUCGGUUACAACAAAAAUUAUGUGCAAUUUAAUUAAUUAGCCUUGGGGGGGGGCAUAACUAGGUUUCCAAAAUACUGUCCUUAAAGGGUUAAUGUCAGUCAUUACUGUUUGCUAUGAUUCCAGAACGUUUUUGUUCCUUGACCUUUUUCUAUAACUCAUUGUUAUGUGAUAUGUUUGCAAAUGAGCUGUGCUAAAUUUUGUGUGUAUAUUUUGUAAUUUUGUAUGAUAAAAUAAAUUUUCUUAUACUAUGGCAUUUGUGAUCAAAUAUUAUUAGUAGUCAGGAAUUGCUAAUAUAAUAAUGUUGUUAAUGGACAUUUUAGCAUUAUUGAAGUAUUGUUAUACCAGAUGUAGCAUCCUAUUGAGUAGGAAGUGUGUUAAGACUGACACAUCUUGAGGUUAUCUUGAGAAACAUCAAUUGAAUCUCUCUUUUAGACCCUCAUGACCUGAGGCCAAGCUAUAGAAGUGUAUGCGGUAUUGUGGUAUUAUCACAAAUUAUUCCAGUGCAUCUGGUAAAUCAGUCAGUAUAUGUAUAUUAUUCAAAUUGCAUCUGUGAUUUAUGUUUCUCUGUUCCUUAAGGCACUCCUGGUUCAUCAGAAGAAACAUGGGUACACUUUCAGUAGUAAUGUAGGCACAUAUAAAAAGUGAACAUAGGACUCUUAACCUUCGAACCACCACAGGAUUCCUUCUAAAUUGCCAUGCUUAAAACAUACCAUUUCACAGUGCAUCAGUUUUUCAUUCUUUUUGCAGCUAAAAUAUUUAAUAUCCUUAAUAUAUAUUGCAGUCAGCAAUGAAUGUAAAAAUAUAUAAGGAAAUUACAAAAGAUAGAAUAGAUAAAAUAUAUAUUAAAUCAAUUUUUCUUCUUGAAAAGUUAUAAAUACUUACCUAAUACUAAUUGCCUUAAACAUUUACUGAAGGAAGGUAGUGUGCUUCAUUCAGCAAAUACUGUAUAGCACUGUGCAUCUUUCUCUGUUUUAAUUACAUCUGCUCAGAUUUGUUUAAUUUAAAGAUAAAUACCUUUAUGGUUUUUAAGAACAAAUAGAACUGGAAAAUACCAUUUAAGUGUAUAUAUAUAUAAAGAGAGUAUACAUUUCUGGGCCAAAAGUAGACACAUGCAAACCAUGUUUUAGACAAAUAAACACCUUGAAUGGUGAAGGUAAGGUAAUUAUCAGGAGAAAGCACUUGGAAGGGAUAUGUGAAUUAGGAUCAAGGAUAGGAUAAAGAAAAGGAAUAGUGCCCAACCACUUGAACGGUCAGGGAUUGAACGCCGACCUGCAAGAAGUAAGACUGUCGUUCUAUCUUCAGGUCCACUUAGUUGGUCACCAUUCCUUUCCUUCAUCCAGCACACAGAAAUACACAGCUUUAUAACACUGGAAUAUAAAUCCUGAAAUAUAAAUAUAGAUAAUAUUGCCAGUAUUUCACUUCGUUCCAUUUUCUCAUUCAUAGCUUUUAUGUUUUUUGUUUAGCAUACUUUAUGUAGAUAGAAAAUUGUGCUAACUUAUUCUUUCAUUAUAUAAGCGUUUGAUAUGUUGCUCUUGUUAAAACAGGUUUUAUAACUGUACAGUAGAAGUCUGACAUUGAUCCUAGAAACAAAUCCUUCCUCAGUUGUUAUUUUCUUGGAAAGAAUGACACAUGAAGCAUUAAAUCAGCGCUGUCCUAGAGUUGAGUAAAUGGUUUUUCUGGGUAAUCUGUAUGCAAUAUGACAAAACAUAUAACACAGUUUCCAUGCAUAAAACCCCAGACCAAGAUAUUUCUCUUUAAAAAAGAGCUUUACUGUUCUUCCAUUUACUAAAUCAUAUUGAUAGUUGGACUCUGCAUUGCCUGCCAACAGAAAUGUGACAUUCAGUCGAAGCUCUGUAUUUGUCAGCGCCUAUAUUCAUCACAGUCGAUACUCGUUUUUUUAUGACAAAAAAUGCUUCUAUAUUCAUCAGCAUUUUCCAUGUUCGUCACCAUCCCUACUGCUUAUAUUAAGGAAAUGCAGAAUAUGGUCGAAAAGUUGCACCCAAACAUUGACAUAGUUAAUUAAAACAAAUGCAUUCAGUGAUAAUGUGAUUGGCUACUUCAGGAAAGUUUAAAAAACAGACAUACAGACAAUAAUGGACAAGUUCUUUGCCAAAUCGAGUCCUACUGAAUCAUCGGUAAAGGGAAUAAAAUUACAACUAUCACCAGAAGUGGAGUUAACUGAUGUUUCAGUGAAAGAUGACUUCCUUUCUAAAGAAUAAUUCCUUUCCUCCUGUUCAUCAUCUACUAUCAUCUCUCCUUAGUUGAGUAAAGGCAAAGUACAUAUGAUCAAAAAAAAAUUUUAGAUUUCUAAGGUUUCUGAUCUGUUAAAAUAUUAUUUACUGAUAUGCAAUAAAAAGACAAUUAAGAUUUAAAAUGAAUAAGAAGCUUAAAAUUUGUUAUCUCUAUAAUAUUUUAUAUACGGUAUAAUGAGAUUACAUGUACCAGCAACUAAUCUUAACACACACACUGCAUCCAUCACUGGAGACUGCAAGCUAACACGGUGUACUGUACUGAUAAGUGUCAUCCAGUCGGACAGACAUAAAGCAAUGACAAAGCUUUACUUUUUAAUUUAUGUACUGUAAUUAAAAAGGUACUGUAUAAUGAUGUUUAUGCAGGGUUUGAGUGUUUGUAUGAGCACAACCUCGGGUGAUUGCAUAGAUUUAAUAUGUAAUUAACUAAUAUCUGAUCUUAGCCCAGGUACCUCUUUUAUCUGAUUAUUGUAUACACAUGGUAUAGAGAAUAACAUAUUGUUCACAAUGGUAAAAGUUAGUGUUUAUGGACACUUGUAACCAAUCCUUCAUUUAUUUUGAUUAUCAAAAUUAUUUUGUCCCUUUUAGAUAUAGUCUCCAUAUGCUGCUUUGUUUUGAAUGUGUAAAGGUGCACAUAAGAAGGUUGGAUAUUAAGGUUAACUAACAAAAAGGGUUAUGGUAUAGAUUCGGUGCAUAUUUUUAAAACUAGCUAGAUAAUGUCAAUCUCUAAGCAUAUUUUUAACUUGGGGACUCUUGGUGUUCAUUUAAAACCUCUUGGAGGGAAGAGGACAACUUGAGUGUGUAAGUUGAUGGUGUUUCUUAGUGCACGCACGGUCUAAUGUGAGGUUCAUGGCCACUCUUAUAGUCCCUAGAGUUACAUAAUGUAAACACCGUGUAGCAUGUAUCAAGUGUUGUAAGUCAUUAUUGCUCUCAAGCUUUUUUCCCUCUGUAAGUGUUGCCUUAAUCCAUCACUGGUAAUGAUGACAAACUCUGCCUUCUACAUCAAAAAACAUUUCAAACUUUUAAACUUUUUUAUCUUGUAGAAUUAGAGCAAGCGACUAGCCACAGGAUAUGCUUAUGCCCUGUCUCUAUUUAUAAAAUAUAACUGUAAUAGUCUUAGGACUAGUGAUGCUGGAAACAAUUCCUAUGAAUUGUGAGUGAUCAACUUAUGAUUAUCUCUGGAUUUAUAGGUAAAGUCUUUUAUAAUUUUCUUUGUCUUGUUCCCAUACCUGGGUGGCUUAGGAAUGUUCACAAACUAUUUGACCUGCACAAUGUUUUCAUUUGAAUGUCAUGGGUACAUGUAUAUAGCUGCACUUGAUGCUUUGAGCAUGAAGUCAUGCAAUUAAAAAAGAAUUGAAUCUCACAUAACUCAAUUAUAUAGAAACUGUGCAUCAUGCAUCUAUAGUCUGUCAAUCAUCUCUAAAAUGGUUAAUAACAUUUUGCAUUUGUUAUUGAUUGGGUCUUUGAAAUCCUUAAUGUAAUGAUUAUUUUGAGAAUGAAGUAUAUAUAUAUACAUUGAAAGAAUAAUUAUUUCAACAUCAGUUGCCUACUGUAAACAAAAGGAUUUAACACAAUUAAUCUUUUUGAAUAAACAGUUGCUGUACUUGUUGGAGCAUCUUUACUGUUUUAAGAUUAAUUAGUCAACUUUAAUUCUAAUUUUUUUUUACAUUAUCUGGAAAUUCUUAAUUUUUUUUAUCUUUAUUAUAGUAUAGAAAUAUAAAGUGACUGUACAGUUGUUGAGCAGAUAGUACUUGGUGCAUUUCAGAAAACCUAAGCCAAUCCAAAAAAAAAAAAAAAAUGGAAGCUGUAAACAAUGUGAGAUGCAGUGUUGCUAGCAGAGGUGCAUCAGGACAUGUAUAUGAACCUUCAUUGUUCAGGUAAGCUUUUUUAUAUCAAAUACACUUCUAUGGUUAUGAUAAAAUCAAAUUAUUAGAUGAUAUUUUUAUUAUUAUAUAGAACAAUUUAUUUUCUUCUGCCUCUUUUCCUUUUGUAUUUUUUCUAUCCAACCUCUUUAUGAUGAUUUUUAUCAUCAUAGUGCAUAAUAGUGCACUUUCAAUCUAAUUUAUCAACCAAUAUAUUAUCUAAAGUUUUCUCAAAUCCAAACAAUACCUUUUUAUAAAAAAAUUGUAAUGGGUAAUGUUUUAUAUUUUUAGUACAGUAUUUAGCUCUAGUAAACCACAGCUACUCCUCCAUGGUUUAAUAUCCAUGGUUUGUUAGGGUCUUCAGUUGCACAUUUCAAGCUUCUGUCAUCUUGCUGUAUGCGGUGUUUAGCGUGGUCAGCUCCUCAGGCUUGAUUUUCGUCUUUCUGUGCUGGUUUCUGAAUUUGGCAUCUUUCUGUGACUCCACCUCUUUCAGCAGGUUGCCCCAGUGACCUUCCUCACUGGUUUGAAGUUCUUCCACACAUUCCAUGUGUGGAGUUUCUGCCUGUGGUCUACUAACAUCUUUUUGGUGCACAGGUUGCUGAGUUCUUGUUCUCCCAACUGCAUCUUUCAUCACAGUGACAGUAUGGAGUGUCCUGGCGCUCUUUUUGUCUCUCCUUGUCCUUUAUCUUCUGUUUUGUUUUUGUGCAGUUUUUCACCUGCAGCCUGCACAUUCUCCCCCUAACCCUUCUCAGUCUCUGGAGUAGGUGUUGGUUUCUCUUUUUGUCUCCUCAGUUCUUGGUCACCCUUUCAGUCCAUGACUCUGACUCCUUUCAUAUAGAUAACCUUAUGCAUAUGUCUUUCUACUAUCAUAUCAGCAUCUUUAAUAGUAUUUAAUUCUCCUAAAUUAUAUUGUACUUAUAUUGAAGUACUGUAUAGUCACACUAGUUUAGCAUUUUCUAUGACAAUUACUUGCUAUGAUGCAUUUCCUGGAUUCACCUCAGUAUUUUGAUAAUUACCCACUUAAUAUAUUCCCAGGGAACAUAAAUAAUUUUUCAUGUUGUAUUCAUACGAAGUGUCAAAUUACAUUUGAUCCUUUUUUUAUGGCAAGAUGAUCAAAAGUAAUCUACUUUAUUAUGAUAUUAUGUUCAGUGGGCUUUCAACAUAAAAGAAUAGCUUGCCCAUUUAUUAGAUUAAGUAACAAUAAGCUUAUCUUAAAAAAUACAGCAUCAUGUUACCUGAGCUUGUAGUGACAACAAUCAUGUAAGGUGUUUGUGGUGUAUUAUAAAGAGCUAGAUGUAAUGUUGCUCUGUUAACAUUAUUAUUGUAAGUGCAACUACAGUAGCAAUGGUUGCUUCUCAGGCAUGAUACUUUUGAGUUACUUAAUAUCCCACAGUUGAAACAGUUACUGUCCCUCAUCAAGUAUGUGCUCAAAUACUGCAAUUUUGGUUUAAGAAAGUGCUAUUAAUAGAAUGUGAUUAUAAAGACUUGUAUUUAUUUUACUUCUAUUUCAAAAAGUAACAAUUAUAAAUACAAGUAAUGUACUGUGAUGUACAGUAAUGCCACAAUAUUGCCCAAUUUGGCUAAUAGAUACUGUAUUCUCUUACAAACCUACAGCUGGUGAGGGAUAAACUGAAGUGUGGAUAACACUAAUGUGUUUAAUAUAAAAAUUUCAAACAAUUAAGAACUACUAAACCCUUGACAAUUAAAAUUAUUUGUUAACAUUUUAUAUGGUAGCAUACAGCAUGUCUUUCUUUAUUUAAAUUACAUUACAAUUCAGUACUUAUAAUUAUACUUAUAAAGCAAGCAAAUAUAAAUUACCAAGCUGUUAUGUUUUGUUUUGUACAUUUGUUAAAUUUGUGGGAAAGAUUAUGUGCUUUCCAGGGUUUAAAUAAUAAUGAUGGUAUUUUACUACCACUUUUGCAUUUAAAACUGAUAAUGUUUGACUAAAUCUUGUGUAACCAAUACAGUACAGUAUAUCUGUCAGAGCCAACCACUCGGUGGCUAAUGUAUGCAAUACAGUAUCUUGUUCUUCCCCGGACAGGAUCAGCACAUCACGGUAUUGUCAAUGUUUACUCCACCUCAUCACAGGAAUCUUUUCAAAUGUCCCCUCCAGGUGUGGAAAGGGAGGCAUUUGAGAUUAUUAUAUCAGCCCCAAAAUUAUCCCCAGAACACUCAUUUGUCUAAACUCAGAAACCUCUCCACAGUUACUCAAAAGAGAGCCCAUUUGGGCACCAUCAUAUGUCAGUACUCAACAUUCUUACAUUUAGCCUUGCUCUUUACCCUAGCCAUAUGCUUGGUGUUGCAAAGAAUACAAUUCAGUUAAGUAACUCAUUCUUCCUUAAAGUUAUGUUUCAUGUACAAGGGACUUUUACUUUUAGUGUAUGCUCCCAUGUCAUGGUGUUAAAAGUUGCUAGCAUUUUUAUGGUUAUUUGGUUCUUGCUUACAUUGUGGUCAUUCUCCUCUUCAGUUUCUCUACUACUUUUGCAGUACCGACGCUGUUUUGAAUUAGCUUGGGGAGCUACUGAGGGGGUUCUUCUGGAAGUCAAACAUUGAAUGUAACAAGUGCCCUUUUCUGGGAGGGCUCCCUUAGGUGACUUCCCAAAGAUACCCGCUUGAAUAGCUCCAAUCUAAAAGCACCCACAAGGCUCUUAUUAGUCACCUACUGGGCACCAGGACCAGAAUCUGGUCCCAUCAAUAGACACAAAGGGGUCUGGAGAUACAAGAUCAACCCAGGCUGAAAGGAUAAACACUAGAAAGAUAGAGCAUCUCAAAACAAGCAACUGCAUGGAAAAAUUGGUAACCCUGACAUAAACUAUAUACAGACUCAUUGUUCAGAUCCAGCUGCUAGUUAGCAACACUGACCUGCCACCAGAUGGCAGCCCUGGCAACUCUUGGCCUCAGUUGGCUGUUUGUCAUCUGUCACGCAGCUGGUGUUCUAGUGAGACAAGUUCCUAAGUGCCCUGCUGCCCUUCCUGGCUAUAUAUUUCAGCAAAGUAUUGGCAAUACUUUUGGAAUUUUUUUUUUUUUUUUUUCCUGCAGGAGCCUAUGUGUGCAUGUGUGUGUGUGUGUUCUCUUUCUGCUUCACGGGUUGUGCUUCUAGCUAGAGUGCUGUGUAAGUCUCGAGUCUCAUUCACCUCAGCAGCAUGUGUUUAGUGGUAACCUUUUUUGGUUGCUACUAGCAUUGCCUUUAGUUUUGGUCAGGGUUUUUCUUCCCUGAGGAGGUUAUGGAGUGGGUUUGUGGUUUGAUGAAUGAUUCUUCUAAUGGUCUUUCUGGGCUGGAUAGAAUUGUCUCCAUUGUCAUCCAUUCCUCUACUGUCAUCUAAUCAUGAAUGGUGGUAGAUGUCAACUGUCUCUUGUUGAGGCUUACCUUGUCCUAGGAAGAGUAGGAUAUUGCUUAAUGGGGCAAUUGAGUAACGGCUCAGAGAGGAGCGUUUCAUCUAGAAAAUAGCUAAACUAAAUGAAUAAAGUAAAUAUUGUACUGGAGAUGUUGUUUAUUCAGUUACAGUAUUGUACAUAAAGUGGAAAAUUGGCAAAGCAUAUAUAGUAUGUGAGGUGAAUGGUGGUUGAUAUUUACAAAGGUUUGUGUAGAAUAGAGGGAUAAUGUUAAGGCCUAUAUUUUAGAAGCAUUUCAAUAUACGGUUCUGUAAUGUGGAAAACCUUUCAAAUGUGAUCUUUAGGAGAGGCAGGGAAGCUACCCAUUCUUACCUUGUGUGAAUUUGAGGGUUGUGCAUUGUCUGUGCCAUGUGGGAAUGCUCAUUCCUUCUGCCUCCACUAUGCUGCCUGCUGGGUUAGUGACAUCUUUAUUCCUAAGACUUGUGGGACUUGUUCUCCAUUUAUUACUCUUCUUGAGAACCCUCCUACUGAGAUUCAGGGUUUUCAGGCAGUGACCGUUUUGCACUUGAGGUUCUCCCUGAUGCAGCAGUCUAGGUUGUUUGCUCAGUUGCUCACUCUUGAUCUUUCGGGACUCGGAUUUGGCGGUGUUGGUUAAUUCAACAGUGGUUCCGUCCACACCUCUUCCUUCCCCGUCAGGCUUGGUUCACCCUUUUCCCGAUCCUGCCUGCCUGCUUCCUGCCCCCAAAGCAUCUGAGGGUUUCGAGGGUGGGGCAAGGUUUAGUUUAAGAUGUGGCUUGGGUGAUUCCCGGGGUUGCCUCCUUCAAAUUUGGCCACGGAGGUAGUUGAAUCUACUGAUCCCACUAAGGCUUUGCGGUCCUUCCAGUUGGCUCUUCCCUUUGAAGGCUUUCCCCUGUACUGUGCUUCUCUAUGCUGGGCAGUGGGCCUGUAUGUUGGCUCUGCUCUGGAGCCCUCUUCUGCAGUUCCUGUGCCCUUGGGUUCCAUUUGACCCUUUAUGGGCCUGGUGCCUUCUGCAGAGGGGUGUUCUGUUACAGGAAGAGGGGUUUUCUUACCCCUCCCCUUCCUUGUAUGAGUUUCAUUUGGGCACAGGUCCCCCCCCCCAUGGUUUGUUUCUGGUUUCCUUUGGGUUUCUUGGUUUUGCCCUGGAGGUUUCCAACCUCCCAGGUUCCUCCAGCAGUGGUUCAGGAGGCCCUUGGUGUGCACCUCCUGCACAACCCAGAGUUCACAUCAGUGAUGGAUCCGUUCUCUUUUGAGUUCAGGUCUUCCCCCUAUUGAAUGUGUUAUGAGGUUCCGGAGUCAUCCUGGCUGGCAGCCUGUCCUCUCUUCUCUAGCAGCUUGGCAUAGCUUCUGUCAUACCCGUUUGCUUGAGUGGUGUGAAGUGUCUACCACAUUGCAGUUUUUUUUUUGGUGGGGGGGGGGGGGAUGGGGGACUCUUCUUUGGAGCCUCUCAAUUCCUGCCUAUUUGCCCCUGUUCUCCUUACUCUCACCUGGGAUGUAGGCAACUGCAUGCUCAAAUUCCUCGGCUGUCGGCUGCUCUGGUUGCAGAUGACCAUUGUGCCUGCUCGCACUUGGGUUCUGUCAUGCUUUUCUUGAGCUUCAUUGAGCUGCAUUCUGAUUGGCUUGGUGAGGGUGUUGGUGUGCGCGGUGAGGCUCCUUUUUCGGGGGUCUUGGGUUCUGCAACAGUGGCAGGCAUUGUCGGCACUCCUCAAGCUACAUGCUCCGAUCCUCCAGGAGGCGGUGGCCACGUUUUUUGCCUCCCUUCUUGCAUGUUGACAGGCCAUGCUGGCCCAUUCUGUGAACUUGGCUUGGCCAUUGCCCUCCUCUCUUUCUCUUCCUUUUCGGCCCUCCUGUUCCCGAAGGAUAUUGUUACUCGAUUUCUUUCCUCGGUGGCCACUGCUUUGGAUUUCCUGUUAAACAAAAAUUCAUUUUCUUAGGUCCUUUGCAAUAUUAUCAAGUCUAGUCAGCCUGCAAUCUGUCCUCUUGUCCAUGAUGAUUGCAAGUAUGCCACUCAUGGGCAGAUAUGUUGUGGGCCAAUAUUUGGGUGCAGGGGUUUUGGCGGCCAAACAGGGUCUUUCCUUUUCUGUGGGUAGGUAGCUUCAGAGAGUCACAAGGGGCUUCCCCCAAAAAACCAGCAUUGAAUGUAAUGAAAUGCCACUUUCUGGGUGUGCCCCAGUGGCUCCCUGACACCCUCCCUCUAUCAGGAAGUCUGGGGUGUGAUAGAACUGAGGGCGGAGCAGCUGGCUAACCUGGGCUGCCUCCCUCCUCCCCCAUACAAGGAGGGGAGGUGGUGCGAAUGAGCUUGUGUUAGUUUCGUGAAUUUUCAAUCAUUUGUUUACAUUGUUGGAGGGAAGGGGGAGUGAUUUUGGCUGUUUGGAGGCUGCCGUUUUCUUUCUAAUCAGCAAUAGCCUUUUUUGGCUCACUGUUUUUUUGGGUGCCUUCCCUGGUGGGUGGCAGACAUAAAUAGAUUCAUAGAAAUUUUAUCAUAAGUGCCACUGCUCCAUACACCUCAUUGGGCUCCAUACACCUCACUGGAGGGGAGCCAGGUUCUGGUUCGUGGUCCCUGGUACACCUAAAAGAACUCUGCAACUGAUGGCACCCAGUAGUUUGGCACUGUAUCAGCUUCAGGAAGCCACCAGGGCUCACCCAGUAAGCGGUGUUUUAUUGCAUUCAAUGCUGGGUUUUUGUAUAUUUAAAAGAGCACAUUUUAUAAACACUUGCACAUUUACAAAGACAAGACUUUACCUGUAGACAAGAGACAAAGACAAGACUUUAUGUGAUUAACAGCAUUAUGAAGAAGAUGAAACUGAAGUAAUCAACUAUGUAGUUAGAGGAAAUUGCCUUCCUUAAUAUUAUUCCUUGUAUAUUUCUUCUGUGAUUAAUGUAAAUUUGUAGUUUGUCAGAAAGCAUACCAUUCUCCUAGCUGUAUUUUUGUCUUUCUUUCCUCUUGUGAAUAUGUGCUUUUGCUCAUUAAAUGUAUAAAAUGCUUGUUGUCUUUAUGCUAAGUAUGCCUGCAUAUAUCUUUGUAAGUUACCAUUGCAUGUGAAAGGGGCACUUUUGGGUCUUGAAACUCCAUACAGUAUUUUGAAUUUGUGAAAUACUAUAGUUGUCUUUCUGUUGUACUUUUUAUCCUGCAAUUCUUUACCUUUUAAAAUAGUUUUUAUAUUGUGGAUGCAGCUCACUUUUUUCUAGAAGCAUAGGUUUUCUGAGGCUAUGUUUGUUUUACUGAGAUAGAUUUAUUUUUGUAAAAUGUUUAUCUUAACAUUAUUUUGAAGCAAACAUUGUAUUUGAAAGACAAUAUCUUUUCUGUCUGACUUAGGAAUUAUUGAAGGUGUAAUGCACAAAAUGAUUGUUUACACAAAACAUAUGGAACAAAAUUGUGGUAAAAGCAGUAAUCUCAUUCUGUUAGCUGAAUGAAAGGUUGUGCAUCUGUCUUAAAUUGGUACUCUGCAUGUUGUAUGACUCGUCUACAUUAAAUAUUAACAUUUUCAAAUAAAUACUCUUCAAAAAUGAAGAAUAAUGAUUUAAAAUUAGAUAUGUUUGGUUUCUAAAUAUUGUGUAUUCCUGUUUGCACCACAGGAGAAUGUGCCAUAAAGAAGUAAUUACUGUACCAUACUGUGUGAAAGUUUCAACUGAUGUUGAACAUUUGCAUUUAAUAUAUUUUGACAAUGUAAGCAUUCCAUGCCAUAGAAUGGUUUCAUAUUGCAUUUAAAAAGUUAUAAUUUUUUCAGAUUAUUAAACAAAAUUGCAUUAUUGUUGCAAGAGUCAAGCACUUGUGAUUUAAGCAGACAGACUUGUUGCAAACCUUAUCCAAAAUGUAUUUAAUGUACAUGGCUGCUUGAGCCAUGUCUGUAAUAAAUAUUAGUUGAUUGCCUAUAUUUGAAGCUUCCCAUCUUUCCAGUAUUUGAAAGGGUGCACUUAGGGCCCAUGUCUGUGAUUUAAGUGUUUGGGAACUUACCUUUGUUGCAGCAAAUUUGUUUACAAAGUUGUGCUAUAGUUGAAGUAUAUUCGAUUAUAACCGAGUGAGAAUAUGCCAUAAGGUUGUGUCUACUAUGGUUGAUUUACAGUAUUUCAUUUUUACAGAGUAAUUCUUAAUAUGAAAAUUCUCUAAUUCUUAAUAUGAAACGUAGCAGAAAUUGUAACUAAACCCGUUUUUUAGCCAAAUGUUUGAACAAGUGUUAGUACUGGCCAGUUUACAUUAUUUGUGUUGCAUUGAAAUAUAUAGUAGAGUGUCGAAAAUCUGAAAUGGUUCAGGAAUAACUGAAAUACUCAUUGUAAUGUAUCUUUAGGUACUGUACAUACAUUACCCUACUUUCCACUUUCAUGGAGUGGGAAGCAUCAGUUCACAGAGAAAGGGAAUAAUAUAAAGUUAUUGUAAUUAAAAAAAAUAUUGCUUGUCAAUGUCAUUAAAUCACUCACCUGCUAUAAUAUAUAGCAUCACAGAUAAACGAGCACCAACACACUUCAGUUAUUGUCCACAUCAGCACAGCAUUGCUUCAUAGGACUGGGUAUAGGGUGCUCCUCAAGAAUUAUUAUAUGCAGUAAAAAUAUAUUACUGCAUUCAGUGUUUACUGAAUUUGUUAGGUGGAAUUGUUUCCACUUAUUUUUGUUCCUUACUGAUAUUCUACACAUUUCUCACACUGUCCUCACUUCCUCACACACUCACUAUGUUUAUCCAUCUUUUUCCUAGUCUUCCACUCCUAUUCACAACUUCAAAUGGAACCUUUUAACCAAUCCACCAUCACCCAUUUGUUCAGCUUUCUCACACCGUCUCAGGUGAUCUUUUUGGAGCUCCAGAAUGCAUAUUGGCACGUCCCUAUACAGCCAAGAUUCAGGGAUUGAUUACGUUUUGUGGCAAGGUGAAGAAUGAAUUGUUUGGCUUCCUUAGAGGUCCUUUGGUUAUUGAUGCAUGGUUGGUUUAGCCUGGGCUGCAUCAUGUGCCGUGUCCAGUAAUGGUACUUCCCCACUACAUUCCUGCCACCGCUUCUGCUUCCAUUGGAUGCUUUGUGAAUUGAUCCUGUUUCCUGGGUUUCGUAUUCCACGGCUUAUGGUUCUCAGGUCAUCUGCAGUGUUAUUAAAUCUAACCUGCCUGCAGUCUACCCUCAUACCCAUGAGGGUAGACUUGGUCUCACAGCUGUGUUUACUAAUACUGUAUGUCCUGGGCUGAUAUUUGGGCGUGGGGGUUUUGGUGGUCUAACAGGGUUCUGGCAUCCAAGUAUUUUGUGAAUAUUCCUGGUCCUCUGUGCCCUUAUAUGGCCUUGGGUUCUCUCUCUCAUCCGGGAGUCUCUUCUUCGUCCUGACUUCUGCGGUUCUCAGUCCUCCCUGGUAAGUUCCCAUGUAUUCUUCCUUCUCCAUCGGUAGUUAGCUUCAGAGAGCCACGAGGGGCUUACCCCCCUGAAAACCAGCAUUGAAUGUAAUGAAACGCCAAUUUCUAUACGAGCCCCAGUGGCUUUCUGAUUCCCUCAUCCCUUUCAGGUCGUCGCAUAGGUCUUGAAUGUACAUCUGCUCCAGAAUUGAUAGCCAAGACCCCUGGAGAUGGUGUGCCCUUUCCCUCCCUCUCCCAAAUGAGUGGAGGAGGUGGGGUGGAUGAGCUCAUGCUAGGUGUAAGAGAUUUGAUUGUUUACAUAGUUGAAGUCCAUUUGGUGGGUUGUGAGACUCUGACCUCUUCUGAACCCAACAGUGGUUUGUUUUGACUCAUUGACUUUCUGGAUACCUUUCCUGGUGAGGUAAUGAAAUGUCACUGCUUCCUGCACCUCUGUGAGGGGACCAGGUUCUGGUUCCAGUGCUCGAUAGGCCUAAAAACUCCACAGAUGCAUGACUUAGUGAUGAGAGCCAUUUCAGUGUAUAUCCACAGGGAGCCACUACGUCUAUAUGAAACCACAUAUACACAAACAACUGAUGAGUCUCAUUAUAAAAUAUAGAAAAUAUAAGAAAUACAAAGAUUAUAGUACAGCAGUAAUAAAUAUGUAAAAAGUGAGCUUGCAGAAUGAGGAACCAAGUAGUAGUAGACACAGUUAUCCUACCUUUCCUGUCUUACAUCCACACAAAUCAACCAACUCUCACAGAUAGGCAGUUUAACAUUAAUGAAAAAAUACUGUACAGUACAGAUUUCAAAAUUAAGUUUUUCGAUGCUCUACUGUAAAAUAAAUGGUUCAGAUUUAUUUAUCUUCAGUUUUACAAACCUCAUAAAAUUGUAUUUGAAAAUACAUCAUAUUUCUUUGGGUAAUACCUGAAUCUAUUUAUGUAAUAUUCUCAUGAAUUUGUUUGAAGAGAUGUAUCAUUUAAUCAUCUUUGAUAUAUACAAUUGCAUGUAGAUCUCGUUAUGCAAGGUCUGGACUUUCUACGGGUAACGGGUAUAACCCUAAAGCCAUAUGUAAAUCCACGGAUGCACUGAAAUCUAUUUAAGCACAAAUUAGUAUACAGUACUUCAUUAAGCUUGACAGUGCUGUUAAUAUCUUUCUAUAUUUUUAGUAGGAAAUACUGCAUCUUCAUGUAGUAUAUGGGGAGCUGAAAUAGAGCUAAGUUCUAUUACCUUACAUUAACAGGGAGUGCAUCUACUAGUUAUAAGUUCCAAUGUUCAAUCAUCACUGUAUAGUCAAUCACAGUCAACUAUUGUACAAUAUCCUAGGGAACUUCUUAACUAUAGCAGCUUAGUCAAUGGAGGUUAUAUCUCAUUGCAGUUAUAUUUUGAGAUUUCUAGAUCAACCUACUUAUACAGUAUUGUGACAUGUAGAUUUUUUAUCCUUAUUAAAGCUGUUGUAACAA